AGCUUUUUUCGACUACUUCCCUGUGACUACUACAUUGCGUGUGUUGUGCGUCGGUUCCCCUCGUCGGGGGGCCGCGCACUAAACAACUCCCGAGACGGCAAACGGUCAAAACUGCAUUGAAAGGGGUUUUUGUUUUUGUUUUCGUUUUUCUUUCUAUUCUCGUUUUUACUUUUUACUUUGCCGAGUCCUAUUGUGCGUCUAUCGGGAAACUGUGAACCACAAGCGUUACUAGUUUGCGCCGAGCGAACCAACAAAGAGACCCGAACAUCAGUCAUGCGCAGUUUUGGCGCACGUUUACUCUUGACACGGGCCUUGGAUCUCGCGAACAAAGAGGUCCUGCAUAUCCGCAAUUGAGCCGUUCUUUCUACCUCUCUCUACCACAUCCGUUUGUUGUUUUCAUCUUGCCUUUCCUCAUACGACGUGCAGGUUUAUUCAAACGCGAGCGCUCUGGGCACUGUUGCCCGUCAUGGAAGACUUGGAUGGCGCCAGCAAUCUUAUCGCUGAUUUGCUGAAGAAGCUGUCUGAGCUAGACGAUAAGGUUGAUACUUACCGCAAAGAUAUGGCCGUCGAGUUUCAAAGGUAUUCUGAUGACCUUCUCCGAGACUUGCCCAACGAGGUCACAACCCAAGUCAACCGCGCCAUCGCCGCUUCCAUGUCUCAAGGCAGAUACCGAAACCUGUUUCCCCAGAACCCCGACGAGGAGAGACAUGUCUUUCUCGAACCUGAGUCACCAGCCAUAGAUCGUAAAAUGUGGGACGGCAGAGGCUCUCCGCCCCCGGUACUGCAUCACACCUCUGGUGUUCCGAACACGUCCAAUGCAGACAGCGCCACCAUUGCUCGCGCCCUCGGCAGCAGCCCCAGAGAUUCCGUACGAGAUCUCCAUGCGCGCGAAAGGGAAUUUCGUGGCCUCUUUACGCCUUCAUAUCUGCCGCUCCUCGAGGCUACCGACCGAGCACCUGCGGCUCAACCGCUCGAGACAACAAAUUCCGAUUCGUCGCCCCGGACAGAAGAAGAAAAAACAUCAUCUAAAGUGGCUGGAGACAGUGGCGGGGUGGUACCAAGGUUUCCUCCGGUCCGAAGCUUCACCGAUCCAUCGGCAGAUUGUGGAUCGGGCGAAUGCGAUAAAGAAAGAAACGCCCGGCGAAGUGCUCUACGCAGAUCUUCGAGUUCUAACAGAUCCAGUCCGCGACGGGUACGCUUUGACUUUGAGGGCGAGGUUGUGUUGCCCACUUCAUCUCCAAGUUCAAGUGGCGUCGCAUCGUCGUCCCCGCCGCCUGAAUUAGCCAGGGAAGAAUCGCCUGUUCCACUCGAUGAGUCACCCCAGGCUGCCAAGCCAGCAGCGCCAUCUCCACCACGAUCACCCUCAUCAAGAUCUCUGCUAGACGAAGAAGACGAUUAUUUUCCACCCCCUAAAAAAGUGUCAUCAUCCCAGGCACUCAGAGCGCUAUCCAAAUUGCCCCUGGAGGACCCCUCGACGUGGACCGUGGUCAACGCCAAUUCAGAAGCGGCUGCGGCUGAGGAAAACAAGGAAUCUGCACAGCCCGACGCCGCCACUAACUUUGCUACUUAUAUGCCGUCCUCUUCUCACAUUGAAGAAGUUGGAGCGCAGCCUCUGGGUGCAUCGCAGCUAGGCUCGCCUCUGCAAGACCUAGAGGAGUACUACGACGAUUCCAGUGAAUCCGACGACGACUUCGUCUCUAUGCCCAUCCGGCCCAUCCGAAAGAAAUCCACCUCUCCAGAUGCUCGAAUGCCUUCACUAAAGCCGAACGAGGCGCAGCCGACCCAAAUAAGAAGCCCAGAAGCAGGUGUUGGCGAGGCUAUCAAAUCCAACAACCAGGACGAUCACAUAGACUCGAGACGUUCAACGCCAAGCAAAAUGAACGGAAAGUCCAGCGUCCAGCCAGUCAAUCUCGCCACCACUACCGAAACUCACAAUGCCGAUGGUGAGCUGGACGGUGACGAACUUUUCGACAUGGAGGAGGAAAUGUACGCAAAACGGGAUAACCAGCCUUACAUUGACCACGACGAUGAGUCCGAUCAUGAGCUGGAUACAGCUGCUACAGAAGAUGCAGAGAGAGAGGGCAUUCCUAUGGAGCAGCCACCGCGAUCACCUAGCCUGUUUGUCGCCCCCAAACCGCAGAGCGUCAGCUUAACGCCACCCAACGUCUCGGCCGGUUCGUACAAGGGCCGACCGGUCUCCUUCGACGUAGUCAAAGAUCACAGGCUGCUGCACAGGGCAGCUGAGCUCGGUGAUUUGCACACCUUUGUCGGUAGCAUCGACGGCCGGAGCGGCGUGGAUGGUAUCGACCCCAGUAGCUACCGAGGCGCCAGUUUCCGGGGCGCAAGCAGUCUUUCUGGGCUAGCUUUUUCAGGUGCCCCUAGAAGCCUAUCCGAGAGAAUGUUUCUCGAAGAUCUGGCCGAAGAGGAUGGCUCGCUGCCAAAACGCUAAUGCUACCUCAUAAUGCAUCUUUGACGCCCGCCUUGUUUGGAUGGCAUGGAUGUCCAGGGCCUUGCUUGUCAUUCAUAUCAUGAUAUAUACCCAUAUUUAAUGUUUGCAAUAUCUUUUACCCGUCUUCAUCUCUCUGUAUAUGGACAGAUACGUGGUAUGGUUGUUUCACUGUCAGAAUUUCACAUUUAGGCGGCGAGAUGUCAGGUGAACUGUCCGACUAUGUGACAAAUACGGUUGUCGCGAUCCAACAGAUGACUGCUUGAUAUGACUGGCGUUGCUCUUUGUUUUCUACGGGUUAUCAAGUCCCGCAAAAUGGUUAUUUUCACAAGUAUUGUAUUUUGGUACACGGUUUCAGUUAUGGGGACAGGUCGGCGUUGUUGGCUUAGCUUCGGGGUCUUACUGUAUUCUAUGGCGCGGUUGCUUACUACGAUGAGGCGUUGACUGUGUUUUUGGGGUAAGGACUGAAGGGAGGUUCCACAUGACCCUGCGCCUAUCAGAUCGGGUACACUCGGACUGUCCGGUUGGUUGUAGGCGGCAAUGAAUUUUUGUUUAGGCAGGACAUGGGUAGGUAGGUACCCUCAAGUUACUCAAAUAUCUGUUAUACAGACAGUCUCAAUAAAGUGUUACCUAUACAUUUUAGGUGUCUA